AUGGAUCCAGCGGAUCGCCGUGUCUUGCGGGGUCCGACGGUGACACUGUCUUCACCACUCACUGACACCCUCCAAUCCAAACCCUCUCUCUCUCUCUCUCUCUCUCUCUCUCUUUCCCUCUCUUCUUCUUCCCUUUCUUUUUCUCUCUCUCUUUCCCUCUUUCCCUCUCCUCUACUCUCUUUCUCUCUAGCUGUCCCUCUAUUAUGGUCUGUGAGACUCUCGGAAGCUUGUCCUCCAUCUUGCAGCAGCCUCAUCCCUCCGCAUCUAUCUCACACUUCUCCUUUUACUACCCUGACCCCUCCCUUCCUCCCAUCUACCCUGCAGCUAGCCUUCCAGCCCGAUUGGAUCAGUGAUCUGAUUUGGUCCCCGAGGUGCCACUGCUCGUCGUCAGCCUGUUUGCGACCUCUCCCUGAUUCAUUCUACCCCUUCGUGUCCAUUGUUGUAGUCGUUCCAGAAAGCUUCCAUAUUGCCUGUGCGCUUCGCCUUCCAGUGGUUCGAGAUUUGGUUUUUACUUCCUUCAAACCUUUUGCGUUUCGAUGA